AUGAUCACUCCGCCCCACCCACCCUGCCAUCUCCUCUCCCUUACCUCCCCGAGGUCGCCACUCCUCCCUACCUUCGCCUCUCCCUCCUCCCUGCCGUCGCCUCCCUCCUCCCCACUGUCGCCUCUCCCUCCUCUUCGCCGUCGCAUCCCUCCUCCCCACCGUCGCCUCUCCUUGUCCCCGACGUUGCCUCUCCCUUCCCCGCCGUCGCCACUCCUCCCCGCCGUUGACUCUCCCUUCUCCCCGCCGUCGCCUCUCCUCCUCCCCGCCGUCGCCUCACCUCCUCCCCGCCGUCGCUUCUCCCUCCUCCCGGCCGCCGCCUCUCCCUCCUCCCCGCCGUCGCCUCUCCUUCGUCCCCGCCGUCGCCUCUCCUCCUCCCCGUCAUCGCUUUCCUCCUCCUCGCGAUCGCAGCGGUCGACCAAGCUGUGCUAG